CCUCUCCUCAUUAGAUGACACCGUCCGGGUCGAAGUUCCACGGAAGAUGCUUUUAGCUACUUGGGCUGAGGGUCACAGGCGCGUGAGCUUCCGUUUCCGGUGUGUCCUGAAGCCAUGGCCACUGCCAGGGAGCUGAAGUUUCUACCGACGUUCUGCAGAUCGUGUCGCAGCCUGCGAGGACCCCAGCCCCGAGCGUAUGCCGCCCUCGUGCCCGGGGUGUCCCAGGUGGACAACAGGUCCGAUUUCCUGGGGAAGAAGCCCCAUCGAAAGCAUCCCGGCAUCCUGCAUCUUCCGCACGUGCAGCUGCCGCAAGCUCUGGCUAACGCCGCGCAGUUCUUGCUUCUUGAGAGACCCGUGCACAGCAUAGAGAAGCAGGUGAAAGCGCUCACCAACUAUCUCUGGAGCCGACAUUUGCCAGUAGAGCCGGAAGAGUUGCAGAGACGGGCUGCGUAUCUUGAAAAAAAAUUCCUGGAAAACCAAGACUCAACUCAGACAGAGGAAAAACUUCGUGAGGCAGUACUACAUGCCCUGCGCAAAACUACCUACCAUUGGCAGGCACUCAGCUACAAUGAAGAACUGAGUCUGAUAUAUAUGGCUGCAAGAUUGGACGGUGGCUUUGCAGCAGUUUCCAGGGCAUUCCAUGAGAUCCAAGCUCGAGUUCCAGAGUUCCAGCCGCAAACACUGAUAGACUUCGGGUCUGGCACUGGUUCUGUUGCUUGGGCUGCUCACAGUACUUGGGGCCAGAGCCUCCGUGAAUAUGUGUGUGUGGACAGUUCAGCUGCCAUGUUGAGUUUGGCCGAAAAGCUACUAAAAGGUGGUUCAGAAUCAGGGAGGCCCUGCAUCCCAGGUGUCUUUUUCAGACAGUUUCUUCCUGUGUCACCCAAGGUCCAGUUUGAUGUUGUGGUGUCAGCCUUCGCCCUCAGUGAACUACCCAGCAGGGCUGAUCGCAUUGAGAUCGUGCGGAACUUGUGGCGUAAGACAAGCCGGUUUAUGGUACUGGUGGAGAAUGGCACAAAAGCUGGGCACCAGCUUCUCAUGGACGUCAGGAGCCUGGUCCUCCAGGAAAAAGGGAAGUCACCGUUGGACCCUGAGCCUGGCUUUGUCUUUGCCCCAUGUCCCCACGAACUUCCUUGUCCUCAGCUGAGUGCCUCCAAGUCCCUGGCGUGUAGCUUCUCCCAGGCUUAUCAUCCUGUCCCCUUCAGCUGGAAUAAGAAGCCAAAGGAAGAGAUGUUCUCUAUGGUCAUCCUUGCCAAGGGGUCUCCAAAGGACGCGAAUCGCUGGCCCCGAAUCACACAGCCGGUCCUUAAACGGCCUCGCCAUGUGCACUGUCACCUCUGUUGUCCAGACGGGCAUAUGCAGCACGCUGUCGUUACAGCCCGUCGGCACGGCAGGUACAGGAGCUAUGACCACUCGGAGAAAUGUCACAAGAACCUGCAGCUCAUGUUAACACCUCUUUCCCCGUGUUGCAGGGAUCUGUACCGCUGUGCCCGCGUCAGCUCCUGGGGAGACCUUUUGCCCGUGAUCGCUCCAUCUGAGUUUCCUGCAUCCCCUGCCGAAGAGCCCCCCGAGAGUUGACAAGGAUGUGGAACAAGCGUUCCCUUCCAUCACACCUGCCAAGGCCGAAGCUGCCAGGAAGAGAGUGCUGGUACCCCUGUGCUUGUGUUUGUUUGAAAUUUUAAUAAUAAAUGUUUUUAAGAACAGAGGUGGAUUUUAUGUCAGUUGCCCUGGCCUGUCUGAAGAGAAUGAGGUCUCAGUGUCAAGA